UAUAAUACUGCUCUGAUACCAGAAGCUUUGGACAUAGAAGCACGCUUUGCAUAUCCAUGGACACAACUAUGGUAUCUUCGGACAUUUCCUGGAUUGCGUUUGCCUUUGCUGCGUGUUGAUGAUGGGACGGCCCGCCCGUCGAAAUAAUAUAAUAAUCUAAAAUAAGAUGUUUUAGAGUGUAAGAUUUUUCGUAAAAUGAUUAUUAGUAUUAAGAUACUAUUAUAAAGAGACAGUGUUUUGAUUUAUUUUGUUACCGCUGCAUUGAUUCAUUUAAUUAUUAAAUAAUCUGUGGGGCCUCAGCGCGGCAUUUCCAAACGGGCCAACCGCGUCCGCGUAUUUGAAAAUUAUUUCGGCGCUUGCCCGCACGGCGGCGCGCGGCGCGGUCGCGUUCUACGCAGUGGUACCAACUCUACGUCUUUUUACGUAGAUCUACGUACUUUAAACCUUUCUUGCGAACCUACGAACUUUAGUCCCAGAAUCUACGUAUUUUCUAUCAAAAUUGUUCAAAUUUGCAAAAUAGACUGAAUGGGCAUAAUUACCUUUACUUUCGCAAAAAAAAAAUAAUAAACGUUCCGUUUCAUACUAACGCACACCCCUCGCCUCGCCACUCAACACGUCGCGCCAUUCAUUUGAAACGGAGGAGCCAUAAAUUAAAAAAAAAAUGAAAUGUGACGUGACCGUCAAAGUGUCAAAGUGAAUCUUCAUAACCUAAAAAAAUAUUAUUUUUCAACUUCCCGCUCAAUUUAAUUGGAUUCAAUUAUGGAAAUAAGCAGUGACAGUGAGGAAGAGCAGAAUGUUACUCCUACUAAAAAAAGAAAGCUGCAUUAUGAACAAAAAUACUUACAAUUAUGAGAAAAAGACAAAAAUUAUUCCAGUUGGAUUAAAAAAAGCAACAAAGGAGAUUACUAUUGUAAUUGUAAUGUCUGUAAGUGUGACUUGAAAUGUGGCGGAGGUAAAAGAGUUUUGAAAAAGCAUGCGGAAUCUAUUAAACAUAAGAAUAAUAUUAAAGGUGCAGUACUUCAACCUACUAUUACUUCAAUGGUGCCUGGGUCUGCAUCAAAGUCAUUCACAGAUAAAAUUAAGUCUGGAGAAAUAAAGAUGGCAUGUUUCCUAGCAGAGCACAAUCUACCAUUUAGCUUAGCAGAUGAUCUAAAGGAUCUUAUACAAUCAGUUGCCCAAGAUUCAAAGCUUGCAUCAGAAUUAACUUUUGGAAGAACAAAGGCACAUGCUAUUGUUACAAAUGUUACUGGUAAAGUAGCAGAAAACCAAUUAAUUGAAAUAUUACAAAAAAAUAAGUUUUCACUAAUAGUUGAUGAGAGCACAGACAGAUCAUCAAUUAAACAUUUGGCACUUAUUGUAAGAACUGCAGUUGAUUUUCAUGUUGAAGAUAGUUUUCUAUGUAUAAUACCAGUUGUUGAUGGUACGGCUACAGCUUUAUAUAAUGCUUGUACAAAACAUUUUGAAGAGAAGAAUAUUCCAUACAAGGAAAAUAUGGUUGGAUUUGCAGCUGACGGAACCAAUUCCAUGUUUGGACAACAUCAUUCCUUGUCAAAAUUGUUUGCAAAAGAUAUUCCGAAUCUGUUUCUAAUAAAAUGUAUAUGUCACUCUUUUCAUCUUUGUGCCUCAUGUGCUUGCAAAAAAUUACCACGAGGUGUAGAGGUCUUUGCUCGUGAUGUUUACAACUAUAUACAGAAUAGUCCAAAACGUAUUGGAGACUACAAAGAG